CACAGCCUGGAUGUGUGUGUGUGAAGCAGUUACCUCCAUAGUGAGAGUGUCGCUAAUCACUGGAUUGUUCAACGACAAGACGUCCUCGCGAGGCAACCGCACGCGGACUCGCUCUCGAGGAGCUGGGGCUCGGCUUCUGUAUUUGCCCCUCGGGACAGGUUGAAGCGGUGCAGCCGGUCCAGAAGCGAGCAUUAUGCAUUCGGACUGCAGGCUGCUAUGGGCAGAGCGGUAAUGGUGGGCAGGGGACCGACAGGGGCCGGGGUUCUCGUCCUGUCGAUUCUCAUCAUUCUCACCGCGGAAGGCUGUCGAGCGCAGAAAGGUGAUGGCUGUGGCCCCAGUGUGCUUGGCCCCAGCAGCGGGACUCUGUCCUCUCUGGGUUACCCGGGGACGUACCCGAACAACACGGUGUGUGAGUGGGAGAUCAGCGUGCCCCGCGGCAACCGGAUCCACUUCCGCUUCGCCGAGCUGGACAUACAAGACAGCGACUGCCAGGUCAACUACCUCCGCCUCUACAACGGCAUUGGACCCGAGAGGAGUGAGAUUGUGAAGUACUGCGGUCUGGGUCUGAAGGUCAAACAGCUGAUCGAGUCCACUGGCAACCAGGUCACUGUCCAGUUCAUGAGCGGGACCCACCACAGCGGACGCGGAUUCUACCUGUCCUACUCCACCACCGAGCACACAGAUCUAAUCACCUGCCUAGACAAAGGAACUGAUUUCCCCGAGGCAGAGUUCAGUAAAUACUGUCCAGCAGGCUGUUUGACAUCCACAGAGGAAAUUUCUGGAACUAUACCUAAUGGAUACAGAGAGUCCUCGCCGCUGUGUGUGGCAGCCGUCCACGCAGGUGUGGUGUCCAACGCCGUGGGCGGGAGGAUCUCCGUGGUCAGCAGCAAAGGCAUUCCUCACUACGAGGCCACACUGGCUAACAAUGUCACUUCCACUGGAGGAACUUUGUCGAACAGUCUCUUCACCUUCAGGACCAACGGCUGCUAUGGAACGCUGGGUUUAGAGUCUGGCGGUGUGGCGGACACUCAGCUCUCUGCCUCCUCCGUGUGGGAGUGGAACAACAUCAUUGGCCAGCAGAGUGUGUGGGCGCCAUCGGGGGCGCGGCUCAAAAAGGCGGGGCCGCCCUGGUCGCCCUCUCAGAGUGACCAACAGCAGUGGCUGCAGGUGGAUCUCAAGAGGGAGAAGAGGAUCACAGGUAUCGCCACCACCGGCUCUACCCUGAGAGAGUACCAGUACUAUGUUUCAGCAUACCGGGUCCUGUACAGUAACGAUGGCCAGCAGUGGUACAUCUACAGGGAAGCAAAUUCUACACAAGACAAGGUUUUUCAAGGCAACAUCAACUACCUGCAUGAGGUGAGGAAUAACUUCAUUCCUCCAAUUGAGGCCCGCUUCGUGAGGAUAAAUCCAACCCUAUGGCACCAGAGAAUCGCGCUCAAGCUGGAGCUGCUUGGCUGCCAGAUUCCUGCAGCGAGGAGGAGGACCGAGCUGAGCACGGAGCUGAGGCCGAGGAGUCGUCUUACUCCUCCGCCCGCUGGUACAAAACGCCCGCCCCACCUCGGCCAAACCACGCACACCCCAGACAUCCGAAACACGACUAUGCCUCCUCACACCGGCAAAGAUGUGGCCCUGGCAGCGGUCCUGGUGCCUGUGUUGGUCAUGGUUCUGACCGCCCUCAUCGUGAUUGUGGUUUGUGCUUUGCACUGGAGGAAUAAGAAAAAGAACUCUGAAGGAACGUAUGAUCUUCCUCAUUGGGAUCGCACAGACUGGUGGAAAAGCAUGAAGCAGCUGCUGCCCUCCAAGAUGGUGGAGACGGAGGAUUCGGUGCGGUACAGCAGCAGCGAGGUGGGCCGGCUAACGGGGAGAGGCGCUGUACCCAGACUACAUGCAGAACCUGCAGAAUAUGCUCAGCCCCUGGUGAGCGGUGUGACAACAUUAGGCGCCCGGUCGACCUUUAAACCAGAUGAGGGGCCCGACCCAGGAUACUCAGAUCCUGACCUGUACGACGCUCCCAUCUCACCAGACGUGUACCACGCCUACGCAGAGCCCCUGCCAGCUUCGGGGUCUGAAUACGCCACACCCAUUGUGGUUGAUAUGGGUUGCCACCCAUCAGGGGGCUCCUCUUUGAACCAGGCCUCCACGGUGUGCAGUUUCAUGGGUGCCGGGCCGACCUCCCUGCUCACACGGACGGACAGUAGCCAUUCAGGGAGGUCGGCUUAUGAUACGCCCAAGAACGCCACUGGACAGGUCACACCCACUGAGGAUCUGACCUAUCAGGUACCUCAGAGUAACACUCAGAAACCAGCAGGACUGAGCUGAAGAGUCUGGAUGCACAUGGCCUUAAAUCUGCCCCUCACUGCCAACACAACCCGACGGACAAAUACGGAGCGGUUGUUAAAGGGAGGAGGUGUGAACGCGCGAGCCCCAGAGCCUGGGCUUGAGUCUUGAAUGAACACUACCUUAGCUUUAGAUUCAUCUGGAGAUGUCUGUAUUGCCUAAAUGUUUCUGCAUGGCCACAAUCUGCUUGUGUAGUGCCAUUACAGUCCAAUCACUGAAACCACAACGAUGAAUGUGUUUGUGCCAGGUGUGAGAGGCGGGGAUGGAGGGAUGGAUGGAGGCAGGAAGGAUGAAAAGGAGAAAGCUGACUACUAUUUGAUAAAGACUUUGUCCCUGUUCUGUGAUCCUUAGUAGUUCUUUCAUUCUGUGAAACUGUGAUUUCCAUUAUGUCAUUAUUAUCCUGUUAAAUACUGAACCAGGUUCAGCUGAAACGUCCCUCAUGACUCACAUCCAGGCGAUCUAAGGGUUUUCUUACUGAAUUAACUGCAUGUUGCAUUAAGUGCCCACUUCCAAGGUCAAAGAAUUCCUUCCUUCUAGAGAAACUGGUACGUUUUGUCUUACUUUAUUUAGAAGCAUGACUUGAAAUUGUGUAUAUUUCUAGUAAUUCCAUUACUGCAAACCUGUUAAAACUCUCAGAUGAUUUACUGAUAUUUAUUUUUAUUUCACAUCCUGCUGAUAAGGAGAAACUCUUAUUAAAAAUGGCCCACCACUACCCUCACUGAGUACAGAUGAAAGAAUUGGUGGUUGCACUGUUGUGGACGCCUCACUGACAGGAAGUAGUAUUUUUUUUUUUCCUUUUUUUUUGAUGAACCUUGUCAGAGAUGUUUGUUAACUUGAACAGGCCGAUCAGGAGGAUCGAUCCAGUGAACUCCCCAAAGAGAAAAUACUUUUUGUCAGACCAAAUGCUGCCUUUCUCUGUGUUCAUGCAAUGUUAAUUCACAACAGAACCAACUCUCGAGAUUGUGCCAACAGUGCAAGUCCAGCCAAAUAAACAUUAAAGCAGUCUUAAUGUAGGGGGGAAAAAACAGUUUUUAAAAUCCUGGUUAGCUGUUGUCGAGCAAAAAAGGUACAGAGAAAAGAGGGAGAUGGGUAAAUCUGUUACAGCUGAUCAUUUCUUAGAGUUUCAUGUGUGUUUGUCCUGAACCAUUUGAUUUUAUUCGUGCAUCGUGGUGAUUGUCUCGUGUUGAAAUGGGAGUUUAAUCUGUCCUAAUGCAUUCAAGUGUGACUUGUUCCUUCCUUGGACCUUUGUGCAUCGACAUCUGUAUGUGUUGUAAGCUGUGUCGACAUUUCAGUCGUGUUUUUUGUUGUUGUCGUUGGACUGGUUUGAUGCGGCUUAUAGUUGUAGUAGGACGUGUUCAGUCGUUGUCUGUAGCACCAGUAGACUGCAUUCCUCUCCACUCGUGGUACUAAUCUGACCAAACACUCUGUGACAGGAGUGCAGAUGGAGAAAAAUGGAACAAGCUGCUUUCUAACAUUACUGAACAGCAACCUCACCUGGGGAAUGGUGUUAUUCACACAGGUGUGCCACCAAUCAUGCUUUGAUUAUGCUCAGUAACCGAGGCAAUCUACGUAGUUUUGGUGCUGCCUGGUCACAGAGGGAUUGUGUUAAUGUGGCUCUCACUGAUUGUAUAUAGAGAAAUAAAGAGUUUUAAAAGAAAGUCUUUUUAUU